AUGUCGACCGCGUUCGAUCCGUCAAUGUCCAUCGGCCACAGCCGUCAAACAUUGGCCCCCGCCGGGCCCUCCGCCGCCGACACGCUGCCCAGCAUCGACUUUGGCUUCGACGAUUUGCGCGAGCGCAUGGCAAAGUUCACGGCCAAGUUUGAUGCCUUUAUUGAGCAGGGCCGCAAGCGCGUGUUGGAAGAGCGCAACCAGUUCCGCGUCAACAUGGCUGAGCUUCAAGAGGACGAACGAAUGAAGCGCAGAGACAUUGAAAUCGCCCAAGUCAAGAUGUCGACGUACCAGCAGACCAUUGAAAAGGAAGAAGCCGAGAAGCGCGAGAUGGAGAGCGCAAUCGCCUCCCUCGCCGCCCAGCGCGACAGCCACAUCGCCGCCCGCGACCACCUCAAGGCGCAGAUCGCCGAGACGCAGGCCGAGAUCGACGCCCGGCUGGCGGCGCAGCGCGCGUACAUGAAGCAGAAGGAGGCGCAGUCGCGGUACAACGUGCCCGAGCUGGACUUUUGGAUCACGAACCUGUGUCUGCGGAUCGAGGGCGCGGGCAAGGACGACCGGCUCAAGUUUGUGUACACGCAUAUUGACGAGAAGAACUGGGAGCGCGAGGCGUGGUUCGAGCUGGUGACGAGCUCGAGAAACUAUGAUGUGAAGCAUUGUCGGCCGAAACUGGAGCGGGCGAGCGUUGAGAGGGUGUUGGAGAAGGUGAAUGAGACGAGGGAGCUGGUGGUGUUGCUGAAGGGGAUGAGGGAGCUGUUUGUCGAGGCCAUCAAGUCUUGA